AUGAUACAUAAACAACUUCUUUAUAUUGUAUUUUCUUUGUUAUUGUUAUUGGUUGGAUUAAGUAGAGCUCAAAGACCAUGUACACUUCAGAAUUAUAACGGUGACUUUUAUGACUUUUCUGCUUUAACCUCAAUUAAAGACUAUACAAUCGCAAACAAUGAUCAAGACAUAUUCUACUUUAAUAUCUGUAAAGAUUCAGCAUUCUGCGAUACUAAGUAUCCAGGCAGUGCUACUUGUCACUCCAGCCAUUGGGAACCUGGAGUUCCCUAUGCAAACAUCGGUCAAACAGGCUCUAUGACCAUCACUCCUUUAGCUGGUGAUAAUAAAGGUGGUCAAAUUCAAUAUACGAAUGGAUCGUAUUGUUCAGAUUCAUUACCGAUCUAUAGAAAGGUUACUAUUGCAAUGAGAUGCUCCGAUGGUCCAACCACAUUAAACUAUGUAGGUGAAUCAUCGACCUGUGUUUACUACAUUGAAAUGAGUAGCUCUCUUGCAUGUCCAACUUCAUCAAGCUUGGCUUCAUCAACUUCGGCUUCCUCGACAGGAACACCAAGCUUUUCAACAACAGGCAAUCAAAUCAUCAAUCAAAACACUCUUUCAACAUCCGGUGGUAUCACUGGAAAUGGUAUCUCAAUAUCAAGCACCGUUGGAACAAGUACAGGUUUAGUAACAACAUCGAGUUCAGGAAUUUCUUUUUAA